AUGGAUUAUGGCUAUUUUUUCCCCGCACAGCACCUUGAAGAAACAAACGGUGUGGACUUCUGGAUAGAUAGCAAUGUCGAAUUUACACAGUCUAAAAGACCAGAUUCUUCCACUUCUACCCUUACCAGGGUCCUAACGGAUACUACAAAUAUUUCAAAUAACAGUGGAUCACUUAAAAGGAAAACAAUCAAACCAAAAAAAUUCUCGCAGAAGAAAAUAUUCAACAACACUGAGUAUUUUGACUUUGGCAAGGGAAAUGCAGAUUGUAAACAUGUUUUGAAAAGCAUUUCUAAGCAAUUAAUUUUUCUUCCAAGGUGUUUCCAACAUCACAGUAUCCGAGGCUGGAUGAAAGAUCGAUAUUCGGAAUUCGGCUAUAAGAUAAAGAGAAAUCAGCACUGCCCUCCUUCCGUAUGCGUACAGACACUCUACAAUACUAGCAGAUCCAAUGUGGAGGAGUCUAUUCCCAAUGAUUUAGAUUCCCUCAUUACAUAUAAAUUCAUGAGGUACUCCGAUAAGAAAAAGGAGCUAAUGUGCAGAUUUUGCCAGGGAAGUAAUUGGAUUGCUGCUGAGAACUUUCUAAAACAUUUAUUCUUUGCACAUGGAAUUUUGUCUGAAUUCAAGCCACACACUUUGUACCAUUUUGAGUCUAAACUAUUAAAAAUUCAAGGAAAUCUUAAUUUCAAAGUUCAAGUGUUGAAAGAGCCAGAAUUUAGCAAAAAAAUGUUGAGCUGUCUCACUGUAUCCGUUAUUCCUUCUCCCUUGGCUUACUAUACUCAAACAUUGAACGGGGGGUUUAGAAGAAUCCAUGUGAAGUGCCCACAUUGUGAAAACUGGAUUCGUUUGGGUUGGUGCGAAUACGAUGAGAUUAUCAAGGAUUCUUUUCAAGAUUUUGAGUCUUUGCGAAACCUCAACGCCGAUUAUGACGGGAUGUCGUACAUCCAAACGCGUAAUAGAGAAGAUAUUGAAGGAAUAUACGAGAACUAUUUCACACACUACAUUCAAUGUGAUUUGGCCAAGUUCCGUACAAAAUGUUUAUAUGUUCAAGUUAUAACAAAAUGCAAUUGA